AUGACGAAGCAAUUUGCUGUGCCACCGGUAAUCUUCCCGUCCGGCGGAAACCCGACAGUGGCCACUGGCGGAAACAUCCAGCAACGCCGAGUACCGAUUGCACCAUUCCAACCCCCACGGCCAUCAAACUCCGGAAUCCCUUUCAUGUCCUUCGAAAUCGGAUCCGCUACCACUACCACUGCCGGUCCAAUCGGGGGAGGAACUGGUCCUAUAAGUGGUGCAGCCAACUUCGACGACGAAGAAGCACUCCUCGACGAACUCGGGAUCCACCCAGACCAAAUCUGGAAGAAAACUAAAUCGAUUUUAAAUCCGUUCCGGGUCAACCCGACUUUCCACAAGGACUCGGAUCUAUCGGGCCCUAUAUUUUUGUAUCUCUCCUUCUGUUUGUUUCAAUUACUCGCCGGGAAAAUCCAAUUUGGCGUGAUAUUGGGGUGGAUCGUCGUUUCCUCGAUUUUCUUAUACAUUGUGUUCAAUAUGUUGGCUGGUAGACAAGGGAAUUUAGAUCUGCAUACGUGUACGAGUGUGAUUGGUUACUGUUUGUUGCCGGUGGUGAUUUUAUCGGCGGUUUCGCUGUUUGUGCCGCAAAAUGGGGCUAUUAGGUUUGGGAUUGCUGGGGUUUUCGUGAUUUGGGCUACGAGGGCUUGCACGAAUUUGAUGGUUGCUGUUGCUGAUGGUGGAGAGGAGCAUCGUGGAUUGAUUGCGUAUGCCUGUUUCUUAAUUUACACUCUGUUUUCGUUGCUUGUUAUAUUUUAG